AACCUCACCGGGUACAGAACUUUACUCCAUUUGGAGAAGAGAAAGACAAACGUGGCAGGAGAGAACAGAGGGAAAGACAAAAAUAUAGCUGUCUCCAUCAUGUCCUACUACGAGCACUUUGUGAUACCAGAAUUGGAUUAUGACUACAAUGACACGAUUUCCGGUUUUGGUUCUGGCUUGGGCGAUUUCGGCGCUGGAUUUGAGGAGCCAUGUGACCGUGAACUGCUGAGCCCCAGCGUGCAGCGUGUCUUCAUCCCGGUGGUGUACGGGUUCAUCUUCACCCUGGGGAUCACCGGGAAUGGCCUGGUGGUGUUUGUACUGGGCUGCCAGCGGAAGGCCCGCCUCAGCCUAACGGACCGCUACCGGCUGCACCUCUGUGCCGCCGACCUGCUCUUCGUGCUGGCGCUGCCCUUCUGGGCUGUGGACGCAGCACUAGGAGACUGGCGCUUUGGAGCAGUCACAUGUGUCGGCGUGCACGUCAUCUACACGGUGAACCUGUAUGGCAGCGUGCUGAUCCUGGCCUUCAUCAGUCUGGACCGCUACCUGGCCGUGGUCAAAGCCACGGACACCAGCACCACACACAUCCGGCAGCGGCUAGCUCACAGGUAUGUGUACGCGGGUGCCUGGCUGCCGGCUGGUCUCCUCGCUUUCCCAGACAUGGUGUUCGCUCGGACCCAGGAGGCAGGGGAAGGGGAGAUGGUGUGUGCAAGGCUCUAUCCGCCAGAGAACGCCCCACUGUGGGUGUCCCUGUUUCACCUUCAGACGGUGCUGGUGGGGCUGGUGGUGCCGGGCCUGGUUCUACUGGUGUGUUACUGUGUGAUCGUGUCCAGGCUGACCCGCGGCCCUCUGGGAGGCCAGAGGCAGAAGAGGAGGGCGGUGCGGACCACUGUGGCUUUGGUUCUCUGUUUCUUCCUCUGCUGGCUGCCGUACUGCAUUGGCAUCACAGUGGAUGCUCUCCUCCGCUUGGAGCUGAUCCCGCGGGGCUGUACGUUGGAGUCAGGCCUGGGGUUGUGGUUAGCGGUGUCUGAGCCAAUGGCGUACGCCCAUUGCUGCUUGAACCCGCUGCUCUAUGCCUUCCUGGGAGUGGGUUUCAAGAGUUCUGCUCGCCGCGCCCUCACACUUACACGCAUGUCCAGCCUGAAGAUUCUCCCGCGUAGACGAACAGGCGCCACGACGUCCACAACGACAGAGUCAGAGUCAUCUAGUCUGCACUCCAGCUAAGAAAGAUAUUAGUCUAUAGCGUGUGUGUGUGUGUGUGUGUGUGUGUGUGUGUGUGUGAGAGAGUAAGGAGAGUAAGACUGCUGGUCAGUUCUUUCUAAUGUCUUGAGAUUUUUUUUGUAAAUAUUUUUUGCUUUGCCAGCAUUCACUGUUGUUAUGGUAUGUAAGUAUGUAUGUAAGUAUGUAUGUAUGUAUGCUUUAAAAAACACUUCUAACAUGUUUGUAAUAAAAUGUAAAACAAAACCAUGA